UCCAAUAUGCAAAUAGUGGACACACAUUGCAGAAGGUGAUCAUUAUCUUAAAUCUUCCUCGUCAUCUCUGUUCAACAUUAACUAGGUGAUUGUCGACCUGAGCAAUUUGAAUUCAGCCACUUUCAAUAUUUCUCUUGAAAAAAAAGUGUAUACAGAACUGAAGAAUACAAUGGAUAAGAACUUUAGACACAGUAUCGGCUACAGCUCACCAUCUCUCAGUGAUCUCCUAAAGUCUCCAGUCUCCCUGCCUGACUACGAGAGUGUAUUCAGUCGUACGGGCAGGAGAAUUGUUUACAAUAUUCUGCGCCGCAUAAACGCAAAAGAAUGUGCGACUGGUAAACCGAUAGUCACCUUAUCUGGCGGCCUGCCUGAUACAAACACGGUACCAGCUAUACAGGCUAAGUUUUUCUUGAGAGACGGCAAUGUGAUUGAGUUGGAUAAAAAGGAUAUGGCGGCUGUCGGAAACUACGGGCAAGCUGAAGGACUACCAGAACUACGGGAAUGGCUAACAGAACUUCACCGAGUAGAACACGAGCCGCCACAGCUUAUCAGGACUGACCACCCAGAGCCGUUCAUAUUGACCAUAACCAACGGCAUCACAGACGGUCUCAGAGGGGUGUUUCACGUGUUGCUUGACGAGGACGAUCACGUGCUGAUAGAAGACGAAGUCUACUCCAACACCAUCAGUGCUCUCACAUUAUUUGGAGCAAAGCCGGUCACGGUGACAAGUGACGAGGGAGGGAUGUUGGCUCAAGAUUUGGAAGAUGUUCUAGCAUCCUGGGCAACGACACAUCCCAACACGAAAAGACCACGAGUUUUAUACUCAAUUACGGCAUGCAAUAAUCCAAAAAGCUACACUAUGGAACAAGAAAGACUGAUAGACAUUUACAAGGUGUGUAGAAAGUACGACGUUAUCAUACUGGAAGAUGCAGCAUACUACUUUAUGCAGUUUCAGCAGAGGCGGCGCGGCUUCCAGUCCAUUGAUGUAGAUGGUAGAGUGCUGAGGUUCGACACCUUCUCUAAGAUUAUAGGCGCUGGGUAUCGUUUAGGCUGGCUAAGUGGACCAGAGACACUCGUCAGAAAGUAUAUCAACAGCCUGUCACACAACACCAUUCAUCCCUGUAUCCUAUCUCAGGUAACUACAAACUUACUCUCCCUGCCGCAGAUCGUGAUAAGUAAAAUCCUGCAUCAGUGGGGAUUUGAGACAUUUUACAGCGAAAUGCGCAAGUUGGCUGCCGCGUAUGAAAAGAAAGCUCAAAACAUGGAAGGGAUUUUAAAGAAAUAUUUGUCAGCUGGUGAUGAUGAACAUGAUGUUGAUGAUGGCUAUGACAAUGGUGAUGCUGAUGAUAGUGGUGUCCGCAUCCGAAACGGGCAUCACCCUUUACAUAGUUUUGACCCCUGCUCCAACAUUCCAGGUGUUGCGACAUGGAACUUCCCGAGUGGAGGGAUGUUCUUCUGGGUGAGGAUCAAAGGCGUGUCAGACACGAGCCAGCUGAUGGAGGAAGCUCUGGCAGAGGGCGUGGCCAUUGUCGCUGGGCGGCUCUUCUCACCUGAUCAAGCUCCAAAACCUUUCAUACGGUUAUCUUUCUCGGUCGCUGGAGUGGAAGAAAUGGACAGUGGCAUCAAAACUUUAUCUGAGAUUGUGAAAAAGAUUCAAAGGAAAAUAUAG